AAACGUCGAAGAUAAGGCCAAUCCUAUUGAAAUCACCAAAAUAGACGUGCCGUGUGCUGCAGACUAAAAAAAUAUAAAAAAUAAAAAUUAAAAGCCUACCGAAAAGUGCGCAGAAAAAUACACAUAACAGUAGCUUGCAUCCGCCAGUAGAUUCUCACAAAUCCAGAGCUGCCGCUGGUCUCAACUUCUAUAUUUUUUUUCUCAAUUUCUCUAUUAUUUCUGUGUUCCUAUAUCAAUUUCUUCUAUUUUCUAAUUAAAAUUGAAGCUCUCACCAAACAGAACAUAAUUGAGAGAAACCAUCCUUUAUUCUCAGUUCAAUUUCUUUCUGUCAGGGAGAAAAAAAAAAGGGAAAAAAAUGCCUGAUUCUACUGUGUCCGUGUUCUCAAAUCUGUCUGACGAUGUGGUUCUCAACAUCUUCUUCAAGCUUGAAGACGACCCCUGUAGCUGGGCUCGUCUUGCUUGUGUCUGUACCAAGUUCUCUCUUCUCAUCAGCAACAUCUGUUGGAAGGCAAAAUGCAACAAAACCAUUCCAUCCGUUGUAAGCGAUCUUCUCGCUGGCCCCGACGCAUCGAUACCUGGUGGCUGGUCGGCACUCCAUAAGCUCGCCGUCUGCUGUCCUGGCCUCCUCCACGCGGGCGUUCUCCUUGAACACUCUGAUUUUGGCCUCGAGCGCGAUCUCGGCCCCGAUGAUAAUUACCAUAAGCUGGCGUCCUUUCAAUUGAAAAACACACUGCCACCGCCUCCAUCCUCUUCCAGCAUUUCUGAUGCUACUCCUGAAAACUGCGAUUGCUCUUGGUCAUUAUUCGACGACCUUUAUUACGAUACAGUAUAUGAUGCGUCUGAGUCACAAGAUGGUGCCGCGGAUGUGAGUGAAGAAGUUAGAGACGAUAAAACUGUUAAGGGGCGUGGAAAUUUCUCUGUUUGUAAGAGGAGGAAAAUCUGCAGACCUUUGAGAUCUCAUUUAGCAUCUGGGGUCUGGAAUUUGAGUCGAGAACAAGGGAAUAAGUUAUUGGCGAGCCGUUUUCGAGGGGAUUGCUUGUACAUUUGUGAUUGGCCUGGCUGCAUUCAUAUCGAAGAAAAACGCAAUUACAUGCUUUUCAGGGGGAUUUUCAAGAAUUUUAAGCGGUCAAGGGUCUGGAGGACGAUCAAUGAUGGGUAUAGGAGCAAGAUUGAUCUUAAAUGUGCCUUCUGUGGGUGCAAGGAGACCUGGGAUUUGCACUCUGCGUUUUGUUUGAGGAGGGUUUUCGGGUACCAUGACGAUGGUGAGCCAGUUGUUCGAGCCUAUGUUUGUGAGAAUGGACAUGUCUCUGGGGCUUGGACCGAUUUGCCAUUGUACACUUGAUGGCACUUCUUAUGGGUAUUGCAACAGCUUUACCACUCGUUUUAGUUGAUAUUUUAUUUAUCCAGUGAUUGGGAUUGGUAUGAAUUGGUAAUUGUAUUUGUGUUAUGUGAUUCUUGCCUAUGGUAUCGAUACAUGUGUUGUUGUUGUACCUUUUAGUUGUCACCUUGUUUAAUUGGUUAGUAGUUAUAAUAUAAUUGUGGUGUGCAAUUUUCAA